AUGACUUUGCUUCCCCUGGCCCCACUUGUAGUCACGUGGGUCCCGCUUAUCAAAAUGGUCCCACUGACACUUGUUUCUCUGACCAAAGCUAUAACUUCACCGCUGAAGGGGGGUGGACUCUUCAUUGAUUCAGAUCUAAGCACUGCUAGUGGCUUCUUUCUACACAACCCAACUGUGCUCAAUUCUUUCCCUGAAGAGAACAUCAUUAAUCCCAAGUGGGAACAACUUACUGCUACCAUUACUGCUAGACAAGCAAUGGAUGCCACAACUACUAGGUCUCCUCCUUCUACUAUCCAAUUCCCAGUCAACCUUAUGAACACCAAUGACGUCCAUCAUGACCAUGACCAUGAUGCUUCUUUGCCAUCUGAUAAUAGACGACGGACGGUCAUCGAUGAGAUGGACUUUUUUGCUGACAAGAAACAUGAUGAUGGUAAUCCCAUGUCCAUCACCAACAAUAGUACUGAUGAUUUAAAAGACUCUGGAAGUCCUGCUGGAUUGGAGCUAAACGUCAACACAGGUUUGAAUCUUCUUACCACUAAUACUAGCAGUGACCAAUCGAUGGUGGAUGAUGGGAUUUCGUCGAACAUGGAAGAUAAAAGAGCUAAGAGUGAGGUACGCCAACUUGCAGUUCUGCUAGCUGAGGUAGAACGAAUGAAAGUGGAGAAUAUACGGUUGAAAGACAUGUUAAAUCAGGUUACUAGCAAUUACAAUGCAUUGCAGAUGCAUUUAGUUACACUUACGCAGGACCAAAAGUCUCAUCGCAAGAAUGAACAGCAUGACGGCAAAAAUAAAAAUAAUGGGAUGGUUCCAAGGCAGUUUAUGGAUCUUGGUAUUGUUGCUGCUACUGGUGGUGGUGGUGGUGACACCGAUGACCUUUCUCUAUCUACAUCAUCAGGAGGAAGGAGCCGUGAUCGAUCGAGAUCACCUGGAAAUAAUGUAGAGAAUAAUAAUGAAGAUGGGACAGUAGUGUUUGAUCAAGAUAAGAAGGGGUUUGGUAGGGGAACUGAUCAAAAAGAGGAUAGCCCAGAUCAGGGUUGGGCCUCUAAUAAGGUUGCUAGAUUUAACUCGACGAAAAGUACUGUUGAUCAAACGGAGGCUACUAUAAGGAAGGCUCGUGUGUCUGUUCGAGCUAGAUCAGAGGAUCCUAUGAUAUCCGAUGGAUGCCAAUGGAGAAAGUAUGGACAGAAGAUGGCAAAAGGAAAUCCAUGUCCUCGAGCUUAUUAUAGGUGCACCAUGGCAGCUGGUUGCCCAGUACAGAGAUGUGCAGAAGAUCGGACGAUCCUCAUAACUACAUAUGAGGGCAAUCACAACCACCCCUUGCCUCCGGCUGCAAUGGCAAUGGCAUCAACCACAUCAUCGGCAGCAAGAAUGUUGUUGUCGGGCUCCAUGUCUAGUGCUGAUGGACUAAUGAACUCAAAUUUCCUUACUAGAACUCUCCUCCCAUGCUCCUCCAGUGUUGCCACCAUAUCAGCUUCAGCCCCAUUUCCUACUGUUACAUUGGACCUAACCCAAAAUCCCAACCCUCUACAGCACCCAAAGCAACCGACUCAAUUUCAAGUCCCAUUUCCAAACCCACCUCAAAAUCCUACCAAUGCUUCCGCUGCAGCAUUGCUGCCUCAGAUUUUUGGACAAGCACUUUACAAUCAAUCAAAGUUCUCUGGGCUACAAAUGUCUCAAGAUAUGGAACCUAAUCGAUUGGGCCACCAAUCGCAACCUGCAUUACAGCAGGGACAGCACAAUCCAUUGGCUGAGAGUCUGACCGCAGCAACUGCUGCCAUUGCAGCUGAUCCCAACUUCACUGCAGCUCUAGCAGCAGCGAUUACCUCAAUAAUUGGUGGUGCUCACCAAAACAACCUUAAUAGUACAAACAACGUCCAGACAACUACCAGCAACAGCAAUGGCAACAUAACUACCAGCAACAGCAAUAGCAAUGGCCACAAUAAAAUCAGCAAUUCGAGUGGACUGGUGGCUGAUGGAAAGGCCAGUAGACACGAGCCAGUGGAUGGAGGCAGUUUGCGAAUCAGCAAUAGUCCACCGAAUAGGCCAAUAGAAGUGAGCCACGUCACCCACAAAAAAUAA